GCAUACGAGAGAAGGCAUCUAAGUCGGACUCCAGAUUGACCUCUUGGUCCUGGCCCUUGUGUGCGCUCAAGGGAUGACUGGUCUCUUCGAUUGUACGACAAUAAGGUGCUCCGGUGCGGCGCCGCAAUUUGACUCGUCUCGGAUGAUUGAUUUGGGAGCUACGAAAGGAGCGUUUGGGUACUCAUGCGUCUCUUGUUUCCGUGUCGUAUAUGAAGCCGUGCUCACUCGGUGACUCGGUGAAUCUCGUCUCAUAUCCCUCGUAACCGCUCUUCCGACCAUUUUCACCUGACAUUCUCACAACACCUGAAGCUUCCGAUUGUGAGCAGAAUGUACUUUCUGCGUCUAUGCUUCUUCGCUUCCUUGGCGCUCCUUGCAGCGCUUCUAAGCGUAAUUGCCAAGCCCAUAGCAGGUGCGCAUGUCGACCUCUCCUAUGCUAGGGCUCUCAUGCGUCGAUACUGAUUCUGUUGCCUACACCAAUUUGCGGCCUCGGAUUCUCUCGUCGUGAGUUGUGACUUGACAAUUGUUAGGUCGCACUGAUGUGACUGCUGACGUAUUCACAUUCUACAACUCCCCGAUGACAGCGCUCAACAGGUCCACAGAAAGGUGCGACGUAUGGCGCUUCUCUUCAUGAGCGCGCUGGCAUUCCCGCUGGAUGCGAAUGCCCUCCUAACCCUGCCAACUCAACGUGCUGCACCGGUGAUUGCUGUGGACUUGGACUUCCUGAUACCCACGAGCUGCAUAGUCAAGCCAUCCAGAUGCCCGCUGCUGAGCGCUGUACAAGCGACUAACCCUCUCAACGUUUCUCUUUUUUGCCAACAGCCACGCAGUGUCAAUCUCUUCGAUGCGGACAAAAACAGCUGGGAGAGGCGCGCGCCCACUGGCGGUCCCCCGGAAUGUGAUUGUCCUCCUAACAACCAGUCAUGCUGCCAUACUGACCCCCCCGGUCCUCACUUCGUGCGUAGGCAAGCCCUUAAUUUGCUCUCUGAGUGCUGAGCAAGCGACUGACCCUCUCCGCCUUUUGCCAUUAGCCACGCAGUGUGAAUCUCUUCGAUGCCGACAAGAACAGCUUGAAUGAGCGCGCGCCCAGUGCUGCGGCCGACGUUGAGAUGAUCUGGAGCCCCGUUGCCAACAGGAUGGUGAAGCGCGACAGCUGCUGCACCGACGGCACGCAGCCCUGCUGCUUGGGUUGCGGCGGUGAAGGCUCGAGAGAGUGCUAAGAUCGUCGGCGCGAG